CAGGAGGAGGAACUUCCACCCAAUCAAACACUCUACAUUAGAAAUAUCAAUGAGAAAUACAGCAAGAAAUUUAGGCUUGAGGAAUUGAAGGCGAAGUUGAAAGCCAUCUUUCGCCCUUAUGGAGAGAUACUAGAUAUUGUGGCGAUGAGCAACUUCUAUAACAAGGGACAAGCAUUCGUUGUGUUCAAGGACGGACACACUCUUUCUCUCACUUCGGUGGGAGGAGGGAAAGAGAUGAAGAUAAAAUAUGCUCGAUCUAAGAGUGAUGUGAUUGCGAAGUUGGAGGGAACCUUUGAGGUGCGGAGAGGCGAUCAGAUGGACGAGGAUGAUGAGGAUGGAGGGGACAAAUCGAAAGGAAAUGCCCAUGGAGGUUGGCAGGCGCCCUCAGGACAGAAUCAGAAGUCUGCACCUCCAGCACCCGUGCACACUGGCCCACUCUUUCCUCAUCCUAUCCUCUUCUUGGAGAAUCUUCCGUUGGAUAUCACGAGCGACGAUGUUGCAGCGGUCUUUUCACCGUUUCCUGGAUUCAAGGAAGUACGUCUGGUUCCUUCAAGGCCAGGAAUCGCUUUUGUAGAGUACGAGAGUGAUGUUCAAUCCGGAAUGGCAAUGGCUCGGUUGCAGGUUGGAUGA